CUUUUCUUUGUUCGUCUGUUCAUUUAACACUCUUAAUUUCAUUGAAGCGAUUUAUCUCAUUCAGAUUCCAAGUUUUCUGCCUUUAUAUUUAUAUUAUUAUAUUACAUUCCCGCUGUUUACAUUCGCUACGAUUCCAAUUCUUUAGUUUCAGCUCCAGCUCUAGUUUCAGUUAUAAACGCAGCAUGGGUAACGCUCAGUCUGGAUUCCCCGGAGGUCCGCCAGGUGGCGGCAAGGACAAGAAGAAGGAGAAAGAGAAGAAGGCGUGGCAGCCACCUCUGCCUACAACUAUUGGCCAGCGCAAAAAGAAGAGAGGGGGUGAUAGCGUGAUCAAGUUGCCCAAGGUGCACCCGACUACUCGCUGCAACCUGAAGCUUCUCAAGCUCAAGCGAAUCAACGACUACUUGCUGAUGGAGGAGGAGUUUGUGCAGAACCAGCAGCUUCUUAAGCCACAGGAGGAGAAGACGCAAGAGGAGCGUGCGCGCGUCGAGGAGAUGCGCGGAUCGCCCAUGACUGUUGGCUCGCUCGAGGAGGUCAUUGAUGACAACCAUGUCAUUGUGUCGACGUCUACGGGGCCUGAAUACUAUGUGUCGCUGCUCUCGUUUGUCGACAAGGACCAACUGGAGCCUGGAUGCUCUAUUCUGCUGCACAACAAGACGAUGGCCGUUGUCGGUGUGCUUCAGGACGACGCGGAUCCGAUGGUCAGCGUGAUGAAACUCGAGAAGGCGCCCACAGAGUCGUACGCAGAUGUAGGUGGCUUAGAACAGCAAAUUCAAGAAAUCAAGGAGGCAGUCGAGCUGCCACUCACACACCCAGAGCUGUACGAGGAGAUGGGUAUUAAGCCGCCAAAGGGUGUCAUUCUGUACGGUGUUCCUGGUACGGGUAAGACGCUGUUGGCCAAGGCAGUUGCCAACCAGACGUCCGCCACGUUCCUGCGCGUCGUCGGUUCAGAGCUGAUUCAAAAGUACCUUGGCGAUGGUCCCAAGCUUGUGCGCGAGCUGUUCCGUGUGGCCGAGGAGAACUCGCCGUCCAUUGUGUUUAUCGACGAAAUCGACGCUGUAGGAACCAAGCGGUACGACUCGAACUCUGGAGGUGAGAAAGAAAUCCAGCGCACUAUGCUUGAGUUGCUCAACCAGCUGGACGGUUUUGAUUCCCGCAGCGACGUCAAGGUCAUCAUGGCCACAAACAAGAUUGAGUCCUUGGACCCCGCCCUUAUUCGACCAGGCCGCAUUGAUCGCAAAAUCGAGUUCCCGCUUCCGGACGUUAAGACCAAGCGCCACAUCUUUGGAAUCCACACUUCGCGAAUGACUCUUUCGCAUGACGUUGAUCUCGAGGAGUUUGUCAUGUCCAAGGACGACCUUUCGGGUGCUGACAUCAAGGCCAUAUGCACAGAGUCCGGCCUGUUGGCGCUGCGUGAGCGCAGAAUGAAGGUGUGUAAUGAGGACUUCAGGAAGGCCCGCGAGAAGGUGUUGUACCGGAAGAGUGAGGGCACACCCGAAGGUCUUUAUCUCUAGAUUUUUUCUUUGCAGUAUUCAGUAUUAUUUUGCCCACCCUUUAAACAUGACCACAUUUUGCGGGCGCGCUGCUGUUUCCAGAAUUACGAAAUAAAAGGCUAUUUAGGAGAGUGAGCAAAAA